AUGACAGAGUUCUAUAAUACUGCACGGCCGUUUCAAUCGGACUUUAAAUACCUUCUAGGCGGAGAUGUCCGUAUUCUGCAAUCAAUUGGAUUGUAUUCAAUGGGUAGUAUUUUCACGCAUCGUGAACCAAAAUGGCCUUAUUGAGAAGUAUUACCUUUUGUCCUCCUGAUACCUGCAUUAUGUUUUGGCUCAGCUUGUAAUAUACGCAACAUGAUCGGACUUUUACAAACUGAUUUCAUGUUAGCUGUUGAAGUCGCUACCGCUACGCUCACCACCACAUUGAGUAUGUUUAAAGGAAUUCGAUUGUGCGUUUAUCGACGAGACUUUUACCAUCUGAUAAAAAUAUGCCACAUUUGUUGGAAUGUUCAAGUGUCUCGCAAUAAAAUAACACAAAGUAUCGUGGAAAUUGCGAAAUUAGCCCGUUUGUUUAGGAUUUAUUAUGCUUCCGUGGUUAUCGCAACAUUGGCAGCAUAUGUAGUACAGCCCUUUGGGGCAUAUUUUCAGAAUUAUCUGUCUAGAUCGAAUGAAUCGUUUGAUUUCACGAAAACUAUCUAUCCAACUGGUUAUCCUUUCCACCUAAAUUCGACUAAAGCAUUUUUCAUUUGUAUAACCAUAGAAACGAUGGGAAUGUAUUUUAUAAGCCUAUAUUGGAUUGCAGCAGAUAGACUUUUCGCCCAAUUCACAACACAUUUAUCUCUUCAUUUUCAAAUACUUUCGGAUGAGAUUCGGAAAAUAUGUCCUAGCACAAUAACUUCGCCGUCGAAGUCAGCGAAAAUUUCGAAGCGCUUGAAAACAAUUGUCGAAGAAUAUCUAGAGAAUUUCAGAUAUGUCUGGUCUUUGGAAAAAUUGUGCAAUUUAAUAUUAUUCGCCACAGUUUUAGUCAACGGAAUAUAUUUUUGCACCUGUCUUUAUAGUCUACAAUACAGAAUUGCAGAAAAUAACUGGAAGGAUGUUGCAAAAAAUAUGCUGCAUGCAUGCGGAGUAGUUUUACAAACUUUGAUGUUCUGUAUUUGUGCUGAACAUUUGAACAAUAAGGCAACUAGAAUUGUUGCCGUUCGUCAAGCAACAUACGAUUGUCCCUGGACGGCAUUUAGUGUACCGAUACAAUUUUCAAUUCUAUUGAUCAUGACAUUUACUCAACGGGAAUAUGUGUACUCAGCAUACGGUUUGAUUCAUUUGAACAUGCCUCAAGUUACCCAGAUUUUCACUGCGGCCAUGAGAUACUUCACACUAUCGCGGAGUAUUGUUUGA